CCACAAUGGGUAGAAUGCAAAGGCACUUCCUGGUUGCACUGUGGAUUAUGCUUGCUCUGAAUACGCAUGUGAGGACACAAGAAACCUCAUCUGCAUCACCUGAUACCACAGAAACUUCACCCCCAGAAACCUCAGAGACGUCAUCUACAGAGUCCUCUUCCAGUCCUCUUCCAACCACCUCAGAGACUCUAUCUUCUGAAAGCCCAUCAAGUGCACCUUCAGAGGCUCCAUCAAGUGCUCCAACAUCAACCUCAGGGACUCAAUCUUCUGAAAGUCCAUCAAGUGUACCUUCAGAGGCCCCUUCAAGUGCCUCUACAUCAACCGCAGGGACUGUACCUCCAGAUCCCUCUACUACUCUUCCUCCAAAAACCUCCAAGAAACCUUCUUCUGAGAGCUCUUCAACUCCUCCUCCAUCAACCUCUGAGCCUGCAUCUCCAAAAUCUACUUCGGCAACAGCUGCUACUACCUCUCUGGAAAUUUCUCGGACUGAACCCACAACUGUCAUGAUGACUAGCAGAACAAUUUUAUCCACAAUGAAUCCAUCUUCUCAAACCAUCACCUCAGGCACAUCCACUAAGACAUCAGAAAAAGUGACAACUAGAGCUGAGAAUCCAACCUCAGCUCUGUCUCCUGUAGCUACUAAUAUCAAAACCACAAAUGUCAAAGCCACAGUCACUCCUGCCUUGGUCACCACUUCCAAAACCACGGUGACCCCUAAAAAAGAGACAACUUCUACAAGUAGCACCUCCAUCAUAACCAGAAGUACAGUGCUUUCCAGCACUAUGGUUUCUUCUGAAACAACUCAGCAAAACACUACGACAAGUGGAGACAAAUAUCCAAAAUGGGCUUUUAUCCUCCUCCUUUGCACGACAGUCACAAUGUCUUUCCUGUUCCUGAUGUGUCUUGGCUGCUUGGUUGCCCGUUGUGUGAAAUCUGCCUCGUGUGUUCCUGAACCUGAGAAUGUGUACAGAAGUCACGCUGUGCUCCAGAGUUUUCGGAAUCUUAGUUGUGAAAGGAAUCCACAGAUGCCCAGAGACAAUAACCAAGAGAUGCUGUAAAAUAAUCACCAACAGAUGUUUCAGACCUCCCAGGAUUGAUAGCAAUUUACAACAGAAUGGAUUUCUUCCCAAUCUAUUUUUGACAUAUAUGU